GGAGUCACACCCAAUGAAUGUGUUCGUUAAGUUCGUCCUGAGAAUGCACUAUGUAUCAACUUUGUGGUUUGCUGUUCUGUCACAGCUGUGAGUGAGGGGAAGCGUGCUUGAAGGCUGCGUGAUGUGGAAGCGGGCGUGGUUUGUGUGCGAGGGGGCGGUUCCUCGCGCAGUACAGUACAGGCGACGAGCCCUGAGAGGCGGAAGAGGAGGAACAGGAAGAGUGUUACUAACCAACUUGGGAGGGGGGGGAGCUAGAAGGUGGCGUUUGUGGCUCUAAAUAUAUUUCUUUAUCAUUUGUCCAUCUUUAGCCGGGUUUAUCAGUUGUUUUUGUAGUGUGCAGUAAAUACGGCUCGUUUCUGUUUAAAGUCGUCCUCUUGGAGCUGCUUGUUAUUACCCGGCUGAUUCAGCCUCCCCUCCUGCUGUGCGCUUUAACUGUGAACUGAACUUCCCGUUGCGGGAGACAGAGCGGGGGGGAAACGGGAACCAGUGCGCACAGGGUUGCGUUGAAAAGACGCGUUUGUUUCUUGAUGAAAAGUAGCGACGAGAGCAGAUAUCAUUAGAACUCGGUAUUGUAUUGUUAUUGUUUUUCCCUCUUGGCGGUUGUACUUGUGCACCAACGCCAAUGACAGCGCGGUUCACUGCUGCCGAGGGGAUUUAAUGGCACCCUCGAGUCGCUAGAGCUUUUUUCUUCUCCCCCCGACGAAGGACCCUCGCUCGAAGUGCACUCGGGCGCUGUCCUCACCGGGGGGUAUUUUGUUUGGAAGUCAAAACCGCUGCUUGGACUCACAAAACAAGGGACAGGCGUCUGCCCUCCCCGGCACCACCGCCAGUCACGCUGUCCGACUCUGAGGAGCUGAAACAUGGCAGGAAAUCUGAAGAAAGGCGGCGGGCUCAUUGGCAUGAUGAAGGACGCGUUUCAGCCUCACCAUCACCUCCACCACUCCCAUCACCAGCCCGGAGCCGUGGACAAAAAGACCGUGGAGAAAUGUUGGAAACUCAUGGACAAGGUGGUGCGAUUAUGCCAGAAUCCUAAGCUGGCCCUGAAGAACAGUCCUCCAUACAUCUUGGACCUGCUACCUGACACCUACCAGCAUCUUCGCACCAUCCUGUCCCGCUACGAGGGCAAGAUGGAGACGCUGGGUGACAACGAGUACUUCCGUGUCUUCAUGGAGAACUUGACGAAGAAGACAAAGCAGACGAUCAGUUUGUUCAAGGAAGGCAAAGAGCGCAUGUAUGAGGAGAACUCACAGCCAAGACGAAACCUGACCAAACUAUCUCUAAUCUUCAGUCACAUGCUGGCUGAGCUCAAAGCCAUCUUUCCCAGCGGUCUGUUCCAAGGGGAUAAUUUCAGGAUCACGAAGGCAGAUGCAGCAGAAUUCUGGAGAAGAUCAUUUGGAGACAAGACUAUUGUCCAGUGGAAGGUCUUCAGACAAGCACUGCACGAGUUUCACCCAAUCAGCUCUGGGUUAGAGGCAAUGGCCUUGAAGUCCACAAUAGACCUCACCUGCAACGACUACAUCUCCGUGUUCGAGUUCGACAUCUUCACCCGGCUUUUUCAGCCAUGGUCGUCUCUGCUGCGGAACUGGAACAGCCUUGCGGUGACUCACCCGGGCUACAUGGCUUUUCUCACCUACGAUGAGGUCAAAGCUCGCCUACAGAAGUUCAUCCACAAGCCUGGCAGCUACAUUUUCAGGCUGAGCUGCACACGUCUGGGCCAGUGGGCCAUCGGCUACGUGACUGCCGAUGGCAAUAUCCUGCAAACCAUUCCCCACAAUAAGCCUCUCUUCCAGGCUCUCAUCGACGGCUUCCGGGAAGGAUUUUAUCUGUUCCCCGAUGGCCGUACUCAGAACCCGGACCUCACAGGGCUGUGCGAGCCCUCACCGCAAGACCAUAUCAAAGUCACACAGGAGCAAUAUGAGCUGUACUGCGAAAUGGGCUCGACUUUCCAGCUGUGCAAGAUCUGCGCCGAGAAUGACAAGGAUGUGAAGAUCGAGCCUUGCGGCCACCUCAUGUGCACGUCUUGCCUGACCGCAUGGCAGGAAUCAGAGGGCCAAGGAUGCCCUUUCUGCCGCUGCGAAAUCAAGGGCACCGAGCCCAUUGUGGUUGACCCCUUCGACCCCAAGGACAACAGUGGAGGUUCCUACGGGGGCUGCAGGGGCAUGUUCGGAGCAGAGGGGGCACCUUCGCCGAGCUAUGAUGAUGACGAUGAUGACCGACUGGAAGACCCCCAUCUCAUGAUGAGCAAACUGGCUUGUACUAAAGUAGAGAGGCCUCCAUCCCCGAUGUCAAUGCCACCCCAAACGUCUUUGCCCCCAGUACCCCCACGUCUAGACCUCAUACCGCACAGACCGCCUAACCCUCCAGGGGCCUCCAGCCCCGGUGCCACAUCUAAGGCUUCCACACAUCACAAAGACAAGCCGUUGCCUCUGCCUCCAGCUCUGCGAGACCUGCCUCCACCUCCUCCUCCCGAGCGGCCUCAUUCUGCCGGAGCUGAUAGUAGAAUCCUGAGACGGCCACUGCCCUGCACGCCUGGAGAACCACCUCGUGAUAAACCACCUCCUACCCCACCCAAUCGUAGUAUGGCUGACUGGAACUUACGCCCAGUCCCCAAAGCUCCCUCUCAGAUUGCUGCUGUAGGAGGAGAGACCCGUGGGUCUCGAGAGCUCUCUAACCGGCACUCCCUUCCGCUUGCCCUGCCCUCGGCUCUUGAUGGUCAGCGGAACAGCAACUCUGCCGGUCUCGAGCACCAGCUGUGUUUUGGUGCAACAGCCUCUGGCGGACCUGAGUAUGACAACCCGAAAGUGAAGCCCUCUGCAUCGGCAAAUGCCAUUUAUUCUCUUGCAGUCAGACCCCUUCCUGCAGUGAAGCAGAUCUGUGGGGAGGAUGGCUGUGAGAAUAAUGAUGAGGAUUCUGACUACAUGACUCCCAGCUCUCUGCCUGUACUGACCACCAUGACUCCUUCACUAGGGGAGGCAGUGCCCAGGCCUCACCACCCUAACACUCCUAACUCAAGGGGCUUGCACAGUGAUCUGGACCUCGAAGGCCCACAGAUGUAUGAAGCCAUGUACAAUAUUCAGGCCCAGGCCCUUAGCACCACUCUACCUUAUCAAGCCAGUGAUUCAGACUACUCCGAGUUGCCUCAGUCGGGGAUCAGUAACGGGCCGCAAGAGACAGAGUGUGAGGAGGAGGAGGAGGAGGAGGAGGAGAAUGGCUAUGACAUUCCCAAACCGCCUCUGCCAAUAGCACGACGUACACUCUCAGAUGUGAGCGGCACAUCCGCUGCAUUCAGCCGCCUGUCUGUGGACAGCGAACCAGGAACGUCAGUCCUCUUCGACUCUGCAGAAGCUCCUGAACGGCCUCCGAAACCCCUCCCACGUCGCAUCAACUCGGACCGCAGGCCGAGCCCUGUUCCCCCCGCAGCCGCGUCCAGCAACCCGCAGAUCAGCAGUGAGAUCGAGCUGCUCAUGAGCCAGGGCUACUCCCACCAGGACAUCCAGAAAGCUCUGAUGAUCGCGCAGAACAACAUUGAGAUGGCCAAGAAUAUCCUGCGCGAGUUCGUGUCCGUCCCGUCCACGGCACACAUCCUCACAUAGCAGCCCUUCCUGAUCCACAGCGAGUCCUAUCUCUCCCUCUCUUUGCUCCAGGGCCGUCCUCCCACGAGUGUAGGUCAUUCAUGCGUGAGGCACAGGCCUUAUCCGGCUCCUGCAUGCUGUUAGCCAGCAGGAUCACCGUUCUUGAAGUCAGCCUCAUUGGCAU